CAAAAACUGCGAGAUCCCGAGUGGGCCACCAGGUGGCGGGCUCUGGGAGGUUCUUGUAUCCCAUCGGCCUCGGCGCCCAGAGCGGAAGAAGGCGUGGAGGGGACUCUCUGGCUCGCACCGUGUCUACUCUCCUAUCCCGACUGACGUUGGACAACAAAGAUGGCGGCAGGAACCAGCAAUUACUGGGAAGAUCUCAGGAAGCAGGCGAGACAGCUGGAAAAUGAACUUGACCUGAAGCUAGUUUCCUUCAGUAAACUGUGUACAAGUUACAGUCACAGCAGUGCCCGAGAUGGAAGACGCGACAGGUAUAGUUCUGACACAACACCCCUUUUAAACGGAUCAAGUCAAGACAGAAUGUUUGAAACAAUGGCCAUUGAGAUUGAACAGCUUUUGGCAAGACUUACAGGAGUGAAUGAUAAAAUGGCAGAAUAUACCAAUAGUGCAGGUGUACCCUCAUUGAAUGCAGCUCUGAUGCACACACUACAGCGACACAGAGACAUAUUGCAGGAUUAUACGCAUGAAUUCCAUAAAACGAAAGCAAAUUUUGUAGCAAUACGGGAAAGGGAGAAUCUCAUGGGAUCAGUGCGAAAGGAUAUUGAGUCAUAUAAAAGUGGGUCUGGAGUCAACAACAGAAGAACUGAACUGUUUUUGAAAGAACAUGAUCACCUUCGAAACUCAGAUCGUCUGAUAGAAGAGACAAUCAGAUUUCAGGAAAGUUCCAAUAGUACAGAGAAGUCAUAUAUACAUUCUACUAAGUUCUCCAGAAGUUAACAUUUUGCUACAUUGCCUUUUUAAUAAUUUUUUUAACUACUUGGAAAUAAACUGCAGACAUGAUGCUGUUUACUCCUAAAUGUUUCAAUGUUCAUUUCCUAAAUAUUUAUAUUGAUAUAGAAUCAUGUAUUGUUUUAUUCAAUAGGUUAUAACAUGUUCCCAUCAUUAGUUAGUAAUCCCAAUACAUUAUAACCUUUUAUAAUACCUUUUUGCCAUUGUGAAUUUUUUGUUUAAGUUGAUAUACUGUAUCUUAUGUCUAAACAAAGUUUUCACAGAAUUGCCUGAUUUUCAGCUGAAGUACCCCCUUGUAACGCCUUCACUUUCAUCGGCCCAUAAGAAUGAUCAUAUUUUACAUUUUUCUUUAUGUAAAGUUUCCCUAUAGUCCUUUCCUUUUAUUCUUUUAUUUCCCCUUAUUUUCUGCCUGAUCUUGUAGGUUAGACUACCUUAAUUAAACUUUUCAGUUCAGCACUGGCCUAUUUAAAGGCUGACAAUAUGGGGAUAAAAGUUUGGGGUACCUCUUAGAUUACAAACAUCUGAGAACCAUUGAAUAACUUCUACUUUUAUUUUGAUACUUAAAAAACAUGCUAUUUGGAGAUCUUUUAUUUCAGCAUUCCCUUUUGUUUUAAAAUAUGAUAGAUAUUACAGGUGAAAUUUCAUGGAAUACAAAGCUAGUUAUGAUUACUUAUGGAUUAAAAAAUUUUUCACAUAUUCCAUAUGUAAAAAAUUUACCUUUUCCUUUUGGAGACAUUUUUAAAAUAUGUACAAAACCGAUUAGAGACUUUGACAUCAAUUUAUUUGAAAAGGACUAAUAUUUUUAAUAUUUGUAAGCUUCUUUAGCUUAUUUAAAUGUGUAACUUGUCUUAUCUGUUGUUGAAAAAAAUGUCACUAACUCAGAACAGGUAAGAUAGUUUUACUUCCAGUAAGCAUAUCAAUGAUUUAUCAUUUUAAAAGCAUUGUAUUUUAUUUGAAGCUUAUAUUUUACCUCUGAGUAUUUGGGCCUUGAAAUAACAACAGCCCAGAUUUCACUUAGCAUGACUUCAAAUGAUAGAAUGGGAUGGGAAAGUAUAUCUGGAUAUACUUUAUGUGAUACUGGAAAUCAUGCAUAUUCAACAAGAUAAUAGCAUAAUGUAUGGUGAUAAUAUCCAUUCUCCAAGGAAUGCAAAGUGCUUCGCGGAAAUUAUUUUUUAACCUUUAUCCACUUGUGAGUCAGAGUAUACAGGUGAUGAUGACAGAGGCAUAUAUGAUCUAAAGAUGGGCCUCAGAUUGCUCAGCCUACUUUUGAAUUCUGUUACUUUAUUCAGGACCGUAAUAUGUGUGUUUUUGUUUUAAAGAUCUGCUUACCUAUUUGAAAUUCAGAAUUAGAGAGAAGGAGAAAUAGAGAGACAGACAGACACAGACAGACUUUCCACCUGUGAUUCAACUCCCCAGAUGGCCGCAGCAGUCAGGGGUGGGCCAGGCUGAAGCCAGGAGCUUCCUCUAGGUCUCCCAUGUAGUUGGCAGGGGCCCAAGCACUUGGACCAUCCUUCACUGCUUUCCCCAGGCCUUUAGCAGGGAGCUGGAUCAAAAGUGGACAACUGGGACUCGAACUAGUACCCAUAUGGGAUGCUGGUAUCUCAGGUGGCAGUUUAACCUGCUGUGCCACCACACUGGCCCCCUCCCCAUAAUGUAUGUUUUUAAAUACUUUCUAAAGUAAAUUUAUUUUUUAAAGCAACCACAUUUUAAAUGUAUCAUAUUGUCAUAGAUAUGCACCUAAACUGAAAAAUUAUAGAUAAGUAAAUAAAGCAAAAUUGUUAGUUUGACUCCUCUGGGGUGGAGGGCUAUCUAAAACAAAGUAUUAUAAAGUUGACAUUGCCCUUCUCCUGCUCUAAUCCAGACUAUUUGAUAUACAGGCUGUCAUACUGUUCUGAUGAUGAGAUGUCCUUUCUCUGUUAUCCAAAAGUGAUCUCUUUUUUAGUGGGUCACCAAUUCCUUGGGUUUAAGUCUUCCACUUCCUUAGUUUCUUCCCUCAUUAUGCUGGACCAUAUCCUUUAGUAGAUUCCUGGGAAAUAACAAGAGGUAAAUUUGGGAGACUGCCCACAUCUAAAAAUUCUUUAUUCUACCCAGUCUUGAUUCGUUGUUUAAGACAAGAAUUCUUGGUUAGAAAUAACUUUGAAACAUUCAAAGGCCUUGUUUUUAGUAUUACUUGUGAAGUCCAGUGCCAAUUAAAAUCUCUGAUUCUUGGUAUAUUAUAUGUUCCCACUACUACCCGCUCUGGAAAUGUUUAGGAUCAUUUCUUUUUCCUGACUUUUUUUAUUUCAGUUUUCUCCAUGAUGAGCUUAGCAUGCAACUGUUUCAAUCCAUUGUACAGGGCACUGGAUGAUCUCUUACAAUCUAGGAAAUCUGGAAACUCAUCUCCAGUUCUAGGAAAUCUUCCCUUCUUCUUCUUCUUCUCUGUUGUUUCUUUUUAAAAACUUCCUUUAUGUGGGGACCCAGAUUGAGUUCUGGACUCCUAACUUGGGCGUGGCUCAGCCCUGACUGUCGCAGGAAAUUGGAAAGUGAACCAAUGGGUAGAAUAUCUAAAUCUUUUCUUUCUCUUAGUACAUAAAAUACAAUUUUAUUUUAGAGUUUCCUUUUUAAAUAUUUAUUUUCAUUUUAUUUGAAAGGCUGAGAGACAAAGAGAUAGAGAUCUUCCAUCUGUUGGUUCACUCUCCAAAUGCCAGGACUGGGCUGGGCCUAAGCCAGGAGGCUAGAACUCAGUCCUGGUCUCCCACAUGGGUGAUGGAGACUCCCUCACUGGAGCCAUUACCUGUUGCCUCCCAGGGUGCAUAUUACCCAGAAGCUAGAUUAGAAGCAGAGUAACUGGAAUUUGGUGCAGACACGCCAGUAUGGGAUCUGGGUGUCCCUCGCCGCAUCCUGCUCCCUGAGCCAAGUGCCUGCCCCUGUUGUAGAGUUUCCUGAGCUUCCCUUAUUACCUCUGUUUGCUCACACUCCCUUCUCUGUUCCCUGGAUGAUUGGUUUAGAUCUCUUUUAUGUAGGGGGCUGCACUUAAAAGUCUGGCAGUCAUUGACCCUUUGUGUCUGAGGGUAUGACUUCGGAAUUCGGUGAUAGAAGCUCAUUCUUUGUGGGUGGAUAGUGGGACUUGUUGAACACUGAGCAGUCAGCUUCAGAAUACGUGAUCAGUCAGGGAUCUUGCUGCUUCCCUGGAGACUUCAGAUUGUUGCUAUCUCUGGUCUCUUCUCCUGGGCUAGAUUUCCUACUGGACAGGGGACAGUCACCAGGCUUAUGAGUUAGGGAAGGCAGUUUAGGGUUCUGGGAACCCCUUGUACAGAUUUCCAUUAAUCUUCAUUUUCAGUGCUGCUCAACUUUACUGCCUUCAGAGAUACCUGACCCUUUUAAUUCUUGAGCUUUUUCUAAGAUCUGUGGAAAACUUACCCAUCGUUACUUAUACUGGAACUGAGAUGAAUAAGAGUAAUAAAUUUAUACCUGCUGAUGUUAUUAUUAACCUUUUAUAAUCACUCGGGUAGAGUUCCUCCAAUUUCCUUUUCAACUGUUUUUUAGAUAUGCAUAUAUACUUAAGGGUUGGAGGCAGGCAUUUGCUACCAUGACUAAGCCUCCAAUUGGGACAACCACAGCCUGUAUCAGAGUGGGCUCCAUUCCCAAUCCUGCUUCCCACUUGGGAGGCAGAGUUGAUGGCACAAGUAUUUGGGUCCCUGCCAGCCACGAGGAGACACUGGAUUGAGUUUGUGAUUCCUGGCUUCAGCCUGGCCCAACCCUAGCUGUUACAGGCAUUUGGGAAGUAAACCAUCAAAUGGAUGAUUGAUAUCUAUCCCUCUGCCUCCCAACCCCCAAACAAAGUACAGUAUUAUUGUAACAAUUUAAAUAAUACUGAAAUGUAUAAAGAGAAAGUUAAUCUGCUAGGACCCCUCCAUUCUUACCCCUUGAAGCUGAUAGUUGGAUUUCUUUCCAUUAAUCUUUCUCACUAUCAUAUAAGCAUUUGUAAGGAUGUUUGUUACUGGAAAUAAGAGGAUGUAAGGAUGAUUGUUACUGAAAAUAACACAUUCUUUGGCUUGUUUUAAACACUCAAUAUAGCACACACAUCCCUCUGAGUUAAUAGAAAUAAUACUAACUCCUUUUUUAAUAGCCAGAGUUACACAGAGAGAAGGAGAGGUGCUGAGAGAGAGAGAGAGAGAGAGAGAGAGAGAGAGAGAGGUCUUCCAUCUGCUAGUUCACUCCCCAGUUGGCUGCAACAGCCAGAGCUGCGCCGAUCCGAAGCCAGGAGCCAGGAGCUUCCUCCGGGUCCCCCACGCGGGUUCUGGGGCUCAAGCACUUGGGCCAUCUCCCACUGCUUUCCCAGGCCAUAGCAGAGAGCUGGAUCAGAAGUGGAGCAGCCAGGACUCAAACUGGCGCCCAUAUGGGAUGCCAGCACUGCAGGCAGCUGCUUUACCUGCUGUGCCACAGUGCCGGCCCCCAAAAUACUGUUUCAUAGCAUAAUUAUAUUGUAUAGUUCAAAUUUCUGGGUGUUUUAUCUUCAACACACUUUUGUUUCUUCUUUGCCUUUGCAAGGCUUAAAGUUGAAAAUAUUGCCUCCAGGAUCUCAUUUCAAUAAGAUACCUGGGAGUUCAUUCUCUGAGGACUUGCCUGUCCAGAAAUGUGUGCACUCAGCUCCCAGAUAGGCCUGGCUUAGAGACUGGGGCAGUGGCAUAUCAGGUGGUGAUGGGUGGCCCAGCAGUUUUUCCCUGCAGGGGCUGAGCAUCGUGCCAUAAGCUGCUGGACUGGGCGCUCUCUGCUUGUCAGUCUCUCUGCGUAGUAGUCCUUUGCCACCUGCAGGAACUGAGCAUGCAGAACCAUAGUCUUCUGCUAUCUGAGUUCCAAAGGAAACAGUGAGAUUUGGGUCUUUACCUCAGAGCUGAAGGAAAAUCUUUAUUUCCCUGCCUCAAUUCACUGUUCUCUUCUCAUUUGAGAGAGUGCAACCCCUUCACCUGGCUUUCU